AGUCUCGUUUAUCAGUUGUUUAAUACGGUGGUGGAACCAGGUGUGCAACCGCUGGGACCUGCCUCUGAAGGACAUGAAAAUUUCCCUCCCAAAAAUGCAAUAACAGACCAAGAGAGCAGCCAACAGAUAGAGCAGCUGGAAUUUGAACUCAAGAAAAAGCGCAAAAAAUGUGAAAACCUUGAGCAUGAAGUGAGGAAAAAGCAUAAAAGAUGCAAAGAACUGGAGAUCCAGCUGCAGGAGGUACAAAGUGAAAAUGCACGACUGGCUGAAGAGAACUUGCAGCUGAACGAGAAGGCUGGAUGGGCAGGACAGGUUGAAUCUGAGAAUGCUGACCUGAAAUUGCAGGUUGUUUUGGUUACUAAGGAACGGGAUUCAGUAAUUCAGACGAAUCAAGGACUCCAAACCAAGCUGGAGAAUCUAGAGCAGGUGCUGAAGCACAUGAGAAAUGUGGCUGAGCGAAGGCAGCAGCUGGAAGUUGAGCACAAGGAAGCGCUGCUAGUCCUGCAGGAGAAGCAAGAGGAAGUCAGACGGCUGCAGCAGGCGCAGGCAGAGGCAAAAAGAGAACAUGAAGGAGCAGUACAGCUUCUAGAGAGUACUUUGGAUUGCAUGCAGGCCCGGGUAAAAGAUCUAGAAGACCAGUGUCGCAGUCAAACAGAGCAGUUCAGCCUCCUGUCUCAGGAACUCAAACAAUUCCGGCUUCAAACAGGAAAAAUCGACCUUCUCACCUCUACGCUGGUGACUUCUGAGCUUCCUCUUGCUCUGUGCGGCUCUACCCCACAGCCCCACUGGGAGAAGGAAUCGACUGUUCCUGGAUUGCUCACUCAGCAGAGCACCAAGAAGGCUCACAAUGAAGAGACUGACGAGUUGGAGUCGUCACAGCGGGCGCCUGAUGCCACUGUUGGCUCCCCAGUUGCUGCUGGCAGUUCUCAGAAACAAGCCAAGAAAGUGGAAUCUCAGUCAAACUCUUCAAAGUCAGAAUCCAUGCAGAACAGCCCAAAAUCCUGUCCAACUCCAGAGGUGGACACUGCAAGUGAAAUGGAAGAACUGGAUGUUGACAGCAUCUCUCUAAUGCCAGAGCCAGGCAGCCAAGGCCCUGCAAAGCUCCAGGUGUUCUUAGCUCGAUACAGCUACAAUCCUUUUGAUGGACCUAAUGAAAAUCCAGAGGCAGAGCUUCCGCUGACUGCUGGAGAAUAUAUUUACAUCUAUGGAGACAUGGAUGAAGAUGGCUUCUUUGAAGGGGAGCUGAUGGAUGGCCGGCGAGGGCUGGUCCCCUCCAAUUUUGUUGAGCGAGUUUCAGAUGAUGACCUCAUGACGUUUCUGCCUUCGGAGCUGAAUGAUCUCACCCAUAGUUCAUACCAGGAGAAAAGUUUUUUCAGUGCAAGCACCAGCAGUGGAGAUAAGAGCGAUCUCUCCAUUGAAGAGAGUAGCAUCAGUCCAUUGGCCAGUAGAGCAGAAGGAGACCAGGAGGAACCUGUUAGUCAUACAGCAGUGCCUUACCCAAGAAAAUUGACUUUGAUCAAGCAGCUUGCCAGAAGCGUAGUUGUAGGCUGGGAACCACCACUUUUGCCAGCUGGCUGCCCAGACAUACAAAGCUACAACAUCUAUGUGGAUGAAGAGCUACGUCAAAAUGUGAAGAGUGGCUUUCAGACCAAAGCAGUGAUUGAAAAGCUGGAUUUAAAGACAAAAGCUUACCGUGUAUCUGUGCAGACUGUGACAGAGAAAGGCAGUUCUGAUAAACUGCGAUGCACUUUCUUUGUGGGGCAAGAUUUUUGUGUGGCACCAACUAUGCUGAAAGUCAGAAGUGUCACUGCCACGUCAGCAGAGGUCACGUGGCUUCCCUGCAACAGCAAUUACAACCACGCAGUGUAUCUCAAUGGAGAGGAACGUGACAUAACAAAACCAGGGGUCUACUGGUACACCUUCCGCAACCUGCAGCCGAGCACUCAGUAUGUUGCCAAGCUGGAGGCCCGGCCCUUGAAAACACCUUGGGAAGAGGUCCCAGAGGGGCAGGAGCAGAACUCGGCUGCGAUACACUUCACUACCCCACUAGCAGGCACACCUGAUGCUCCUUUGGAUGUCCAGGUAGAAGCUGGUCCCUCGCCAGGUAUCCUCGUUAUCAGCUGGUUACCUGUCACCAUUGAUGCCGAAGGAUCUUCCAAUGGAGUUCGAGUGACCGGUUACGCUGUGUAUGCGGAUGGACAGAAGGCGAUAGAAGUUACUUCUCCAACAGCUGGGAGUGUCCUGGUGGACUUGUCCCAGCUUCAGAUGUUCCAGGUGUGCCGGGAGGUUUCUGUGAGAACGAUGUCUCUGUACGGGGAGUCGGUGGAUUCAGUUCCAGCCCAGGUUUCCUCGGUCUUGCUGCGAGCCUCUCACCACUCUUCACCUUCAGAUUCUGCUGUUCCUGCCACUUUUACCUCUAGACUGCCCUGUGGAGAAUCCAGGGGCUCCCUGCCUGCACGCAGCCCACCCACGCACCAGAUGGCUGCACUCCUGCUUCGACAAAAAGUUGCCACUGAUAGCUCAGAUGCCAAAUUAACUGAUCUCUCCUCCAGCCACGAUGGCUCAGCGCGAUCUCUGCGAGAGAAAGCCUCUUCGCCGCACCUCUCCUCUCCCAGUGCUUCCUUGGUGCAGGUUUUAGGCACUUCCCCACAGAGAUCGGACGCUGCACGAGACAAGAAAUGCCUGAGUGUGCCUCCUCAGCAAGCUGGCAGCACAGUGCUCCCUGGUGAGGGCACGGAGCCUGUCCCUUCAAGGGAAGCAGAAUUGCAAGGCUUGGGUGAAGGGACGGAGGUGCAGAUGGAGCACUCUGUAACCAAAGCACCAGAGCUGGAAAGCCCAUCUAACAGUAGUCUGAAGAUAUGUAUGGAGACCUGCCAUGCAUGCUCUGUGGAAGAGUCACCAAAAGGUCCCAAUGCUGAAAGAGGGAAAGAGGCAAAGGAGAAGCACUUGAGCCCAGAGCCUCUGCCCUCCCCCAGCCAGGCUGAGGGGACAGAGAGCACCUUCCGAGACACAAGCGCAGGUGGGAGCAGCUGCCAGGAGUUCCUGAGGUUGUCCCCUGCCAAGGAGGUGAUGAAAGAAAUGUCCAGAGUGAAAAGAGAGCAAGAAGAAAAGAUGUCUGAAAUGGGAAGACGACAGCUGACCCUUUUUGCUGAGCACAACCGUAGUUCUGACCUUUCAGAUAUUUUGGAAGAGGAGGAGGAAGAUGAACUGUCUUCGGAAGCUCUGGAAGAGAAGAAAUGGGACCAGAGAGAGCCAUGUUACCAGGAGAAUGGGGAAAAGGCGUCCGGUAAUAAAGAUCCUAGGGGCCAGGAGCUGCCUGGCACAGCCGCCUGGCAGGCUCCCAGCAGAAGAGGGAACAAGAGCGUAAGAAGAAGCCAAAUGCAGAAACCUUUGCUCUCUAGUCCAGGUCCUCCAAGGAGCACCGCUUCAGAAACCUCUGUUAAAGAGGAUGACAUUAGAAUAUUUGUGGCUCUCUUUGACUACGAUCCCGUUUCUAUGUCUCCUAACCCUGAUGCAGCAGAAGAGGAGCUCCCAUUUAAGGAGGGACAGAUCCUGAAAGUAUGUGGAGACAAGGACGCUGAUGGCUUUUACAGGGGGGAAUGUGCAGGAAGGGAGGGGUACAUUCCCUGCAACAUGGUGUCAGAAGUCCAGGUGGAGAAUAAUGAAAUUAAGAAGCAGCUCCUAAAGCAAGGGUUCCUGCCUGCCGACACACCGAUGGAGAGCGUAGGAAAUGGCACAUUUUCUCCACCUCCACGCCGCCAAACCGUCCCUCCUCCAAAACCCAGACGCUCCAAGAAAGGGCUGGAUAAACAGGAGAAGUACAAGUCUCAUCCAGGACAGAAGCAUAAAGACUUUGAAGCUGAACUGCUGACUCCUCGAAGUAUGGUGGCUGUCUUUGACUAUAACCCUAAGGAGAGCUCUCCAAAUGCAGAUGUAGAGGCUGAACUGACUUUCAGUGCUGGGGACAUUAUCACUGUGUUUGGGUCCAUGGACGAUGAUGGAUUCUAUUAUGGAGAGCUGAACCAACAGAGGGGGCUUGUCCCUUCUAACUUCUUGGAAGCUGUAACUUCAGAUGGAGGCACGGUCGAGGAACUUCACUCAAAAGAUAAAGAAGCUUUUCCGCUGAGUGCUGAGAGCCAGUUAAAUCCAGAUGGGUCUGUUGAUCAGAGCGACUCCUCACCAACUCCUCCUGCUCUGCCACCUUCCUGCCUUGUCAUGGGUGAGCAGUGUCCAGAGCAGGCAUCGCUGGCCGUUCUCAAAUGCAGUGAUGUACCUGGUCACAGUAAAAAGAAGAGAGGCUUCUUCUUCAAAGGAAAAAAGCUCUUCAAAAAACUUGGGUCCAGUAAGAAAAAUUAACAAGGGAUUUAUUGUUCUGUAAAGACUGGCUGUGCAGUCCACACAGGGACUGAAAAAUCAGGAGAAGCUCUCUGCAAUAAGCUGAUUAGAGUAUUUUCAUAGGGAAAAAGUCUAUGUUGAAUAGAGAAAACUCUUCAGUGGGUCUGUGAGCUGUGGUCUCUGCUGAGAGCCCAGCCGUGAGUGCCCACCCAGCGUGGGCAGUGGCUCUGAACACAGUGUCAUGGCACUGGGGUGUGUGAGGCCUCAGCUCUAGGAUACAGCUACCUCCACAGUAGUGUGUCCUGCUCCAUGCAGCCCUCAAUGCACCGGUUCCCUGUAAAUAUUUUAAUUUAAAAAUUAUAUUCUGGUUGUAAGUUAGCUAAGUGGCUUUCCGCAGCAAAGCCCCAGCCCCUUAGGGGUACAAGAGAUCCCUUGUACUACACACCCUGGUAUUUCUCUGGUCCAAAGGAGGUUGUGUCAACUCCUUCACUUCCUGCAAAGAAAAUUUGCACUUUUCUGUUCCCGUGAAUCCCCUUUGCUGUCUCUGGGCUGACGAGUGAGUUAUUUGUACUGUAAACCUGUAAAUACGCAGCUGUGCCUAGGAGCAUCCCACACUGCCUCAGUCAUGCUUCAGCACGAGGAUUCCCAUGGAGGAAGGAGCGAUACCCUGAAGGGGGUCGAUGCUUCUGCCUAUAGGGUGGGCUGCUGGAAGCUGCCCUUGGCUGGUUCACCUUGACCACACACUGGCUGGGGACUCCGCCUUAUUUAUUUAUUUAUCUAUCUAUCUAUCUAUCUAUUUAUUUAUUUAUUUUUCGCCUGCCUCUUUCGCAGUUUCAUUUGGCUGUUUCAGUGGGCUGCUCCUGAGUUGGAGCAUUUGGAGAGCAGAGCUGGGGAUGGAGAGUUUGCAGCUAUUUUCAUACGAGAUGAUGUGUUCCUUGAGUUAAGACACAUCCCUUUCUAAGCCACGGAGAGUUUUGUACUACAUGGUUUCUAUCCUUUUCAGUGUUUCUUUCUUUGCAUGUUUCAGUGGGGUACUUGUUUUGAGAAGGACAGUUAUGUGAGGUACAUGAACGAUGCCAGCACAGUGUCCACGAGUGUUGGUGAUACGGUAUGUUUUUAUUUAAUAUCAAAUUUUAUUAUAAUAAAGUCUAUUUUCACAAAAAUACAUUUUC